AGCCCAGGUGGAGCGAGAAGGGGCGGGGCGGGCGCGUGACCGUUAGCGGUCCGGGUUCGCCACAACGGUCAGCGUCGCGGUGGUCCCCGCGGCCUCAGUCUCCCUGGGUCGCAGUCCGCGUGACUCGGCCCCCGUUUGCACGCUCACCCCCUUCGCCAGCGCAGUCACCGCGCGGGGCGGCGGCCCGUGAGGUAGCUACCACGGCUUGUGACAACGAAUAAAGCUCCGGGACAGCAGCGCCCUCGGCGAGAGCUGGACGGGCGGCCCCAGCCGAGAGCGGCGGCCCGUGUGCUACCGUGAGGAGCGACCGGCGGAGGCGACCUCCGCCCCGGCCCCGCACCAGCCGCCCGGCAGGCGCGACAUGAGCCUGGUCUGGCAUCCGCGGAAUGCUCCUUGAGCCCCAUCUCCGGCUGUUACCUCCGGGGGACGGUUGUGGCCACACCUACAGUAUUUUCCAAUAAAUCAUUGUUUAUUCUUGCAGCGGCGGCGCCGAACACGCUUCUUUAGUUUUAAUUUUUUCAACAAGUUUUAUGCAGCACUUAUCCAGCGAAACAACUUGAUAACCGGUUCAAGGGAGCAUCCGCUCGGUUAGGAAACCUCGAACUGAGCAGCUUGUAGAAGCCAACGUUUGCAACGUCCUCCUCACAUGCUUUAAAGACCGUUGCGUCUUCCUGUAACUACCAGUGUGCACAGAAUCUAACUCAAGGAACGUCUUGGUCCAGCGAUGCAAACAACUGAAGUUUUAAGGUUUUAUUUCUAUUGCUAGAUGAUCUGGAUUCCCCCAAUAACUUGGAACUGUUCUGUAGCCUGCUAACGUGGAUCCCCUAGUCAUGCCCUUCUUUUUCAGCCUGUCCAAGUGCUUUUGUUAAAUAAGCCACCAAAUAUUAUCAAUGCAGGUGCAACUCAUGGGUUAGAAGAGAUGGAGCCUUAGAUUUCUGAACAGCUCGUUGCCUGAGUAGUUACCUUCAUACAGUCCCUGAAGAUAUUUAUGCUCUCCAGCUAUAUGCUCUGAGGACGUGGGUGCUGGAGUGUGUGUCCCUGGACUGACCUAAUUCACUCAACGCUCCUAAGAAAUGCUCUCCUCUCCACUGACUUGACACUGUGCUUCCUUCAUAGGACUGGAAGAGCCUGUAUUGUCCUCAUUAUAGUACAGAAGAGUUCAAGAUAGGAGAGAGAGAGGCAGCAGCGAAUGAAGUCUAUAAAAGAAAAGAAGAAAGAACAUCAAAGAUUGAGAAAAUCUGCCAAGACAAAGAGGGUAACCCAGAGGAAGCGUUCUUCAGGGCCUGUUUGCCGGCUAUGCCUUCAAGAACCUGGGGAUCCCGAAAAAGUAGGGGAAUUUCUCCAGAAGGACAAUCUCAGUGUGCAUUAUUUCUGUCUUAUCCUAUCUAGCAAGCUGCCUCAGAGGGGCCAAUCCAACAGAGGUUUCCAUGGAUUCCUACCUGAAGACAUCAGAAAGGAGGCAGCCCGGGCCUCUAGAAAGAUCUGCUUUGUGUGCAAGAGAAAGGGAGCUGCCAUCAACUGCCAGAAGGACCAAUGUGUCAGAAACUUCCAUCUUCCUUGUGGCCUAGAAAGGGGUUGCCUUUCGCAAUUUUUUGGAGAGUACAAAUCAUUUUGUGGGGAACAUCGCCCUACACAGAACAUCCGACGCAGGAACGUGGGGGAGGAAAGCUGUAUCUUGUGUUGUGAAGACUUAUCCCAAAUAAGUGUUGAAAACAUCCAGAGCCCAUGCUGUAGCCAAACUAUCUACCACCGGAAGUGCAUACAGAAAUACGCUCACACAUCAGCAAAGCAUUUCUUCAAAUGUCCACAGUGCAACAAUCGAGAAGAGUUUCCUCAAGAAAUGCUAAGAAUGGGAAUUCAUAUUCCAGACAGAGAUGCUGCCUGGGAACUCGAGCCAGGGGCUUUCUCAGAGUUGUAUCAGCGCUAUCAGCAUUGUGAUGCCCCCAUCUGUCUGUAUGAACGAGGCAGAGACAGCUCUGAGGAAGAAGGGAAGUGGCGCCUCAUUCUGUGCGCUACAUGCGGAUCCCAUGGAACCCAUAGGAACUGCUCCUCUCUCAGAUCCAACUGUAAGAAAUGGGAGUGCACGGAGUGUGCGCCUGCUGCCAAAGUCAUAGAGUACACACUUGAAAACUCAGGUGACAUCCCCUGUUGCAGCAGCACCUUCCUCUCCAGGGGACAUUUCUACAGAGACACCGGGCUGGAAGAGAAUCCGGGCCCUUCUUGGACCAGCUGGCCAGGAUCUUCCUUAUUAGAAAACCCAGAGUCCUCUGGUCCCAGGAGGAGCCACUCCUGGGAAUCUAAGGGUGUCACAAUCUCUAAGAGCUGCAAAAAAUCCGAGUAACAUUUUCUGAGUAGUUUCUGCCAAGCACAUUUGGGUACAGAGCUCUGCUCCUCCAUCAGGUUUGGAGGAGGGAGCACUUUGGGAUUGGGAGACAAGGAAAGGAGCCAUAGGGAGUCUCUUAACCAAGGAAAGAGAAGUCCUAGGGAACACUAGUUCAGAGCAGUCCUGAUGCUAAUCAUGGAACGAGUUUGUAGAGAGAGCCUCUGCUCUUCCUGUCUGAUCCCCAGAGGGCCUUUUAUACUCUUUUCUUCCACCAAGAUUCUUCCACCUUGAUCUAGUUCUCCUAUACUUCUUUCUUCACCUGCGUUUGUUAUUAUGCAAAUAAAGGUUUUCUCUCCA